GCUCUUCUCUGUAUCCUCAGGUCACACCACGGUUUAAAGUUGCCAUAAGAGAACCUUAAAGCUGAGAGAACUUUUACUUUGGUUGGUUACUACUUUGAACGACACCGUUUUGGAUUGCGCAGAAACUCUCUCUCUCUCUCCCCCAUGACCACCACCGUCGGGCUUCUUCGGUCUCUCCGCCGCCGAGAACUCCACGCAGCUUCUGUCUCUUCGGCGUAUAGAUUCAGUUCUGCUAGCGCCGGUGGUAGGACGACGGAACUCCGGUUAGACGGAGUCAAAGAUAUAAUCGCCGUUGCGUCUGGUAAAGGCGGAGUUGGAAAGUCUUCGACUGCUGUUAACUUAGCUGUUGCGUUUGCCAACAAAUGUGACCUGAAGAUUGGAUUGCUUGAUGCUGAUGUGUAUGGACCAUCUGUUCCUAUCAUGAUGAACAUCAAUCAAAAGCCUCAAGUCAACCAAGAUAUGAAGAUGAUUCCUGUGGAGAACUAUGGAGUUAAAUGCAUGUCAAUGGGACUCCUUGUAGAAAAAGAUGCACCACUUGUCUGGAGAGGUCCUAUGGUAAUGAGUGCUCUUGCUAAGAUGACAAGAGGAGUUGACUGGGGAGAUCUCGAUGUUCUUGUUGUUGAUAUGCCACCUGGAACCGGUGAUGCUCAGAUUACCAUCUCCCAAAAUCUUAAACUCUCAGGUGCAGUGAUUGUAUCAACUCCACAAGAUGUUGCGCUCGCUGAUGCUAAUCGAGGAAUCUCCAUGUUUGAUAAAGUUAGAGUACCUAUUUUGGGGCUUGUGGAGAACAUGAGUUGCUUCGUCUGUCCUCACUGUAACGAAGCUUCCUUCAUAUUUGGGAAAGAAGGAGCACGCCAGAUGGCUGCAAAGAAGGGUCUGAAACUCAUCGGUGCGAUUCCACUGGAAAUGAAGAUCAGAGAAGGUUCUGAUGAAGGUGUUCCUGUGGUUGUCUCUUCGCCUGGUUCUGUAGUAUCAAAAGCUUAUGAAGAUCUAGCUCAAAACGUGGUGAAUGCACUCAAGGAGCUACGGAAUAAUCCAGAGAAGGAGAUCCAGAUGAAACUUAACGUUCCACGUUCUAGAUCUAGCCGCUCAUCAUAGAGCAAGAGGCAUAUAAAUCCAAGUUUUGUCUUUUGCUGCUUCACCUCUACUCAGAUUACAGAGUACCAAAUAGAGAAUGUUUGCAAUUGCUGAGAAUACAAGAGAAGAAUGUAUCUUCAGAGGACAUAGAAAGUAGAGACGUACUCUUUUUGAACAAUGUGAAGGCUUUUUAUUUAUUAGAUACGAAGUUGAU